GCGACGCCGUGGAAGAAGUAAGAGGCGGUCGUCACGUCGGAAGUGUUGGUGAUAUAUAGCAGCUGAGAGUAUAUCUUCGGAAAUGGAUCCGAUGACUUGGGUUAUGCUGGGCAAAUACCUGGCGUCUUUGUGCAAGAUCCUGACCUCCGCUGUCUUCCAACGAGCGAUAACAGCCAUCAGGAAGAAUCAAGGAUCCAGCAGUAUGGAUAUCGUAUAUGAGUUCGAUAACCUGACGAAGGAGCUCAGGAGCAUUCAGUCCUUUCUACGUGACAUGGAGCAUAGCAAACUCGACAGCGAGUCCCUGGUGAAUUGGGUGGAGGAGGUGAAGGAAGCAGCGCGGGACUUCGAAGUCAUGACGGAACAGAUCGUCUACUACGCUCAUGCACUGGUGUGGGAUAAAUCAUGGAGCUCCAAGGCCUAUGCCUACAUUAGCAGCCAUUUGCCCAAGCUCAAAGAAGAAUUGGUAAACAAUAUUCCACAAAGAAGAGACCGAUACCUGAAACCAAGCUUGGUGCGCAGAGAAGAACAAAGCUGCAGCAGUGGCCGUCAGAUGAGGCAGCCCCAUGAGGAGCUGCCUCACGAAACCACGUGCACUGACGUCGUGGGAAUGGAACAAAACGAAGCCACAGUAAUCCCAUGGCUCCUGGGCGAGACUGACAAUUCCCAGAGGAACAUGGUGAUUUCGAUUUGUGGUAUGGGCGGCCUGGGCAAGACUUGCUUGGCCUGGAGAAUCUACAACAGCCAGCAUGUCAAGAGACACUUCGAUUGCUCUGCUUGGGUUUCCAUCUCCAAAACCUACAACGCUGAAGAGCUGUUGCGAAGCAUCAUAAGGCAGAUCAUAGACAAGCGCAACCUGCCGGCGACGCCAGACGAGCUCGACCGGAGCAGCAGAGCAGCCCUACUAGGCCUACUCGACCAGUGCCUUCAUCAGAAGAGGUACGUGAUCGUGUUAGAUGAUGUGUGGAGCAGAAACGCAUGCAAUGACUUCUCUUAUCUCCUGCAAAACGGUAAAAUCGGCAGUAGGGUGAUCGUCACCACAAGAGACCACCACGUAGCUGCCUCGCUAUCCCUUGACAGCCAUAUCUUGAACCUCCAGCCUUUGCCUGAAUCCGAAGCUUGGUCUCUUUUCUGUAAGAAGGCUCUCUGGACGGAUCCUAAUAAGUCUUGCCCCAGAGACCUAGAGAUCUGGGCUCGAAGAAUCGUAGCAAAGUGUGAUGGCUUGCCUUUAGCUAUCCUAACAAUAGGAAGCUUGAUGUCGUCCCAAGAUCGGAGUUCUUUGACUUGGAAACACUUCUACCUUGGUAUCAGCUCACAGUUGAGCAACAACGAGAUGCUCGUAACCAUGUCGCGCAGCUUGAUGCUUGGCUACGAUGAUCUACCUUACCAUCUUAAGCAGUGCUACUUGUACUGUGGUAAUGUCUUCCCUGAGAGCCGCAUCAUCAAGAAAAAUUGGCUCCUCAGGUUGUGGGUAGCGGAGGGACUCGUGGAGGACAAACGUGGAAUGACAUCGGAGGAAGUCGCAGAGGGCUACUUCGAUGAGCUGAUCCUUCGUAGCAUGCUCCAAGUGGCAAGGAAGGAUGAAUCCGGCAAAGUCAAAGCCUGCCGAAUGCACAUCCUCAUGAGAGAGGUAUCCCUAUGUGUAUCCAAAGCCGACAAACUCUGUGCGGUUUUUGAUGAGCAAGGUGUGACAGUAGAUGAAGCCAAAGCGCGUCGCAUAUCCGUCCAGAUCAGCAUUGAGAAACUCCCCGCUGUCCGGCAUGAGGAGAAGACCCCGUUAUCUCGCCUUCGAUCGCUUCUUUUCUUCGUUGAUGACGAAGCUUCUGCUGCUGCUUUCCUAAGCAGGUCCAAAUAUCUUAUGCUGUUGAAGGUGCUAGAACUGAGAAAUGUUCCAAUCGACCAUGUCCCGUUUGAAGUGUUCGAUCUGUUCAAUCUGAGCUACUUGAGUUUAAGGGACACAAAAGUUGAAGUGCUCCCCAAAUAUGUAGAAAGACUUAAGAUACUCAAGACCUUGGAUCUGAGGGGAACCAAGGUGAUUUGUCUUCCCGAUGAAGUGGCUAGGCUCAAGGAACUGCGGCAUCUGCUAAUGGACUGUGUUUAUGUAAUAAAGAAGAUAAAAAAAUGGAGGGGUAUAAUUAAUUUAGUAUCUGAUCAGGCAACCAUGAGGAAGAUCGACGAGCUACUGGAUAAAAAAGUUCCAACAGGUACCAUUUCGUGGAUACAUAAUAUAGAAGGCUUGCUGACUCUGAAAACAGUUGAAGCAGAUAAAAGGCUCAUCGCUAACCUGGCUGCGCUGAACCAACUGAGAAGCCUUGGUCUUACUAACGUGCAUGCGGACGACGGGGUUCUACUUUGCGAUUCCAUUAGCAAGAUGGGCCACCUUCUCUCUCUCACCAUCGAUGCGGCAUCCGACGAGGCACUGAUGUUGGACUCCCUGCCUUCUCCUCCACCUCACCUCCGCAAGCUUGUAUUGGAUGGGCAGCUGUGGAAAGUCCCUCCAUGGUUCGAUCUCCUAAGCAGCCUAACUCACUUGUACUUACUGGAUUCUCAGCUGGAGGCUACCUGCAACCCCAUUCCUCAUCUUGAGAAACUAGAAAGUUUGGUGCACCUUACGCUGCUAAGGGCAUACAACGGAGCGCGGCUGUGCUUCCGUGCUAACACGUUCUUGCGUCUGAAGUCACUUAAUAUUGCAGAGUUGAAAUGCCUGAGUCAGCUGGACAUGGAGAAAGAUGCUCUGCCGAGCUUAUCUUUGCUGCAUCUUAGCCGCUGCGGAGAUCUACAGGGAGAAAAACUUCAUGGCAUCGACAACCUUCCCGCUCUCCGCCAUCUAUACUUGCAAGAUAUGCCUGAAAGCCUUAUGUCGAGCCUUGGAGGAGACCAUCGACUGAAGGCGAGCACUGGCUGGGAGUCUAUCUCAAAGUCGAUGUCGUGGCUUUGACACAGAGGGCGGCACCUUCGGAUCCCAUGACUGAAGCCAAGACCACGAUGUUAUUCCUAUUACUAUAUUUGCUCUUUGCUCAGUGAUAUUGUGUGUGGACUUGUUUUAUUUUUCUGCCUUGUCUGAAGAAUAACAGCAGAGCAUGUUGUUGUGUUGUACGUUGCUUCUGCUGAUUUGUGUUUUUCUAUCGCCUGUAAGUUGUAAUAUUUGUAUCUAUAGUUGCAAGGAGCAAAUGUUUGUGUUAUUUGUGAUUCU